CUGUCGAAGAACAGGCUCACAGAGAUCCCUCCAGAGGUGUGUCUGUUUGCCCCCCUCGAGUCCCUCAACCUCUACCACAACUGCAUCAAAUGCAUCCCAGAAGCCAUCAUCAACCUGCAGAUGCUGACCUAUCUAAACAUCAGGUCAGUGAUGACUCAUCGAACACUGUGGCGUGAUCUGUUGACCCAGUGACCUCAUACUGUAACAUGAUAUCACCAUUGUAGUAACCUGGUAUAUUUACAGUAUGUUAAGUAUUAUGUUUACCAAUAGAUUGCAGUAUUGACUCAAUAUCGCGUCUGCUUCUCGCUAUCCAUAGCCAUUUAAAUGUCUGCGCUAUAACCGUGCUCAAAAAAGCCUCAGGUAGCUUACGCCAGGUGCAUUCCUGUAAGGUUAUUCUAAGUUACAAUUAAAUACUAAAACGUACUUACGUGUCCGGAGUCCUCGAUCUAAGAAGCAUCCUAAGAUACUACAACCAUGAUAUCACCAGGCUAGAGGAAAUACAAGGGCCCAUGUUCAGUAUUAUUCUGCUUUAUCUCAGUAUGGAGUUCUCCUUUCAGGGGAUUCACAGGAUCAAGUAGCAAGAGCAUUUCCUCUUUCACAGUGGGAGAAAUAGGCCUACACUAUGUGAUGUUGUUUUGAAGGUGAUCCGUCUAAGUCAGAACUGUUCAUUUCCUAGACACAGUUAGGCUGCGUUUACACAGGCAACCCCAAUUCUGAGCUUUUUCUCAAUUAUUGGCAAAAGAGCUGAUCUGAUUGGUCAAACGACCAAUUAGUGGAAAAAUAAUCAGAAUUGGACUGCCUGUGUGAACACAGCCAUGGAUAUCAGGCUGCUCUGGUUCUCUGUUUCACUAACAUUAUGUUAACCCAUUGAGGAGACAUUCAUUGCUUGAUCUUUUCCUGAUGUCUCCAAUGUUAUCCUUGCACACAGGAUGAAACUUUAAUACUGCCUAUAUUGUACAUGUGUAUUUUGUGUUUCUGCAGCCGGAACCUUCUUUCAACAUUGCCAAAAUACCUGUUCAACCUCCCUCUCAAAGUGCUGGUGGUGAGCAACAACAAGCUAGUGUCUGUCCCAGAGGAGAUUGGGAAGGCCAAAGAACUGAUGGAACUGGUGAGCACUGGCCCAGAGCUCAUAAAAAACCUCUGCAGGUACACUGCUCAAAAAAUAAAGGGAAUACUAAAAUAACACAUCCUAGAUCUGAAUGAAUGAUAUAAUCUUAUUAAAUACUUUUUUCUUUACAUAGUUGAAUGUGCUGACAACAAAAUCACACAAAAAUUAUCAAUGGAAAUCAAAUGUAUCAACCCAUGGAGGUCUGGAUUUGGAGUCACCCUCAAAAUUAAAGUGGAAAACCACACUACAGGCUGAUCCAACUUUGAUGUAAUGUCCUUAAAACAAGUCAAAAUGAGGCUCAGUAGUGUGUGUGGCCUCCACGUGCCUGUAUGACCUCCCUACAACGCCUGGGCAUGCUCCUGAUGAGGUGGCGGAUGGUCUCCUGAGGGAUCUCCUCCCAGACCUGGACUAAAGCAUCCGCCAACUCCUGGACAGUCUGUGGUGCAACGUGGUGUUGGUGGAUGGAGCGAGAUAUGAUGUCCCAGAUGUGCUCAAUUGGAUUCAGGUCUGGGGAACGGGCGGGCCAGUCCAUAGCAUCAAUGCCUUCCUCUUGCAGGAACUGCUGACACACUCCAGCCACAUGAGGUCUAGCAUUGUCUUGCAUUAGGAGGAACCCAGGGCCAACCGCACCAGCAUAUGGUCUCACAAGGGGUCUGAGGAUCUCAUCUCGGUACCUAAUGGCAGUCAGGCUACCUCUGGCGAACACAUGGAGGGCUGUGCGGCCCCCCAAAGAAAUGCCACCCCACACCAUGACUGACCCACCGCCAAACCGGUCAUGCUGGAGGAUGUUGCAGGCAGCAGAACGUUCUCCACAGCGUCUCCAGACUCUGUCACGUCUGUCACAUGUGCUCAGUGUGAACCUGCUUUCAUCUGUGAAGAGCACAGGGCGCCAGUGGCGAAUUUGCCAAUCUUGGUGUUCUCUGGCAAAUGCCAAACGUCCUGCACGGUGUUGGGCUGUAAGCACAACCCCCACUUGUGGACGUCGGGCCCUCAUACCACCCUCAUGGAGUCUGUUUCUGACCGUUUGAGCAGACACAUGCACAUUUGUGGCCUGCUGGAGGUCAUUUUGCAGGGCUCUGGCAGUGCUCCUCCUGCUCCUCCUUGCACAAAGGCGGAGGUAGCAGUCCUGCUGCUGGGUUGUUGCCCUCCUACGGCCUCCUCCACGUCUCCUGAUGUACUGGCCUGUCUCCUGGUAGCGCCUCCAUGCUCUGGACACUACGCUGACAGACACAGCAAACCUUCCUGCCACAGCUCGCAUUGAUGUGCCAUCCUGGAUGAGCUGCACUACCUGAGCCACUUGUGUGGGUUGUAGACUCCGUCUCAUGCUACCACUAGAGUGAAAGCACCGCCAGCAUUCAAAAGUGACCAAAACAUCAGCCAGGAAGCAUAGGAACUGAGAAGUGGUCUGUGGUCACCACCUGCAAAACCAGUCCUUUAUUGGGGGUGUCUUGCUAAUUGCCUAUAAUUUCCACCUGUUGUCUAUUCCAUUUGCACAACAGCAUGUGAAAUUUAUUGUCAAUCAGUGUUGCUUCCUAAGUGGACAGUUUGAUUAUUAUUAUUAUUUUAUUUUUUUUGUCAUUUAGCAGACGCUCUUAUCCAGAGCGACUUACAGGAGCAAUUAGGGUUAAGUGCCUUGCUCAAGGGCACAUCGACAGAUUUUUCACCUAGUCAGCUCAGGGAUUAGAACCAGCGACCUUUCGGUUACUGGCACAACGCUCUUAACCACUAAGCUACCUGCCGCCCUGAUUUCACAGAAGUGUGAUUGACUUGGAGUUACAUUGUGUUGUUUAAGUGUUCCCUUUAUUUUUUUGAGCAGUGUAUAUUGUUACUGCUGUGUGUGUGUGUUUGUUUGACAGCCUGCUUCCUGUCUCCUCCUGUAGGACAUCAGCUGUAAUGAGAUCCAGGUGCUGCCCCCUCAGGUGGGGAGGCUCCAGGCAUUACGGGAACUCAACAUCAGGAGGAACUGUCUUCACAUGCUGCCUGAGGGUAAGUAGCAGUCUACGUCCUCUCCCCUGGUCUGAGGGUAGGUAGCAGUCUACGUUCUCUCCCUUGGUCUGGGGGUAGGUAGCAGUCUACGUCCUCUCCCCUGGUCUGAAGGUAGGUAGCAGUCUACGUCCUCUCCCCUGGUCUGAAGGUAGGUAGCAGUCUACGUCCUCUCCCCUGGUCUGAAGGUAGGUAGCAGUCUACGUCCUCUCCCCUGGUCUGAAGGUAGGUAGCAGUCUACGUCCUCUCCCCUGGUCUGAGGGUAGGUAGCAGUCUACGUCCUCUCACCUGGUCUGAGGGUAGGUAGCAGUCUACGUCCUCUCCCCUGGUCUGAAGGUAGGUAGCAGUCUACGUUCUCUCCCCUGGUCUGAAGGUAGGUAGCAGUCUACAUCCUCUCCCCUGGUCUGAAGGUAGGUAGCAGUCUACGUCCUCUCCCCUGGUCUGAGGGUAGGUAGCAGUCUACGUCCUCUCACCUGGUCUGAGGGUAGGUAGCAGUCUACGUCCUCUCCCCUGGUCUGAGGGUAGGUAGCUGUCUACGUCCUCUCCCCUGGUCUGAGGGUAGGUAGCAGUCUACGUUCUCUCCCCUGGUCUGAAGGUAGGUAGCUGUCUACGUCCUCGAUACAACUAGGUCUACCGUAAUCUCUCUCCUUAUUCUAUAUCCAAACCCUCUUGUGCUUUCUUUAUUUUCCUCUCCCCAGAGCUGGCUGACCUGCCGCUCAUCAGACUGGACUUCUCCUGCAAUAAGAUCACAGAGAUCCCUCCUGUCUACAGGAGACUCAGGCAGCUGCAGCACAUUAUCCUCGACAACAACCCUAUGCAGUCCCCACCUGCACAGGUGUGUGUGUGUGUGUGUGCGCGUGUUCAUCUGUGGUAGUUUAUGCUGUAAAUGACAUUUGUCACUGCAUGGGAUUAUCCACAGCCAUCUCGAUGUGUAUCAGGUAUGGGGUGCCAACGAGUUAACACAGGUUAACCUCUGCUCGGCAUCAUUCCUAGAAACUCUCCCAAGCUGUGACAGUUCUCAUGAUAUACAAGGAUAUACCCUUAUCAGUCUCUGAGGAACAGUUGCGCCAUCUAGUGGGCAGCUGUCCCCUUAUGAUUUAAUUCCUGCUUGAAUGAACACUUUGGCACUUCAUUUCAGCACUUGGAUAUAUAUUUAAUGUACUUUGUAUUUGUGUGUUUCAGAUCUGCCUGAAGGGCAAGGUGCACAUCUUUAAGUACCUGAACAUCCAGGCAUGUAGGAUGGAUAAGAAGCCUGACUCUCUGGACCUCCCCUCUCUGGGCAAACGCUGUCUUCCCCAGCCUCUGACAGACAGGUACACACUCUUAUAUCAUAUCAUAAUUCUAUUUAUAAACUGGGUGGUUCGAGCCCUGAAUGUUGAUUGGCAGACAGCCAAUACCAUGACAAAACAUGUAUUUUUACUGCUCCAAUUAUGUUGGUAACCAGUUUAUAAUAGCAAUAAGGCACCUCGGGGGUUUGUGGUAUAUGGCCAAUAUACCAUGGCUAAGGGCUGUAUCCAGGUACUCCGCGUUGCUUCGUGCCGUGGUAUACAGUGGGGAAAAAAAGUAUUUAGUCAGCCACCAAUUGUGCAAGUUCUCCCACUUAAAAAGAUGAGAGAGGCCUGUAAUUUUCAUCAUAGGUACACGUCAACUAUGACAGACAAAAUGAGAAAAAAAAUUCCAGAAAAUCACAUUGUAGGAUUUUUUAUGAAUUUAUUUGCAAAUUAUGGUGGAAAAUAAGUAUUUGGUCAAUAACAAAAGUUUCUCAAUACUUUGUUAUAUACCCUUUGUUGGCAAUGACACAGGUCAAACGUUUUCUGUAAGUCUUCACAAGGUUUUCACACACUGUUGCUGGUAUUUUGGCCCAUUCCUCCAUGCAGAUCUCCUCUAGAGCAGUGAUGUUUUGGGGCUGUCGCUGGGCAACACGGACUUUCAACUCCCUCCAAAGAUUUUCUAUGGGGUUGAGAUCUGGAGACUGGCUAGGCCACUCCAGGACCUUGAAAUGCUUCUUACGAAGCCACUCCUUCGUUGCCCGGGCGGUGUGUUUGGGAUCAUUGUCAUGCUGAAAGACCCAGCCACAUUUCAUCUUCAAUGCCCUUGCUGAUGGAAGGAGGUUUUCACUCAAAAUCUCACGAUACAUGGCCCCAUUCAUUCUUUCCUUUACUUGGAUCAGUCGUCCUGGUCCCUUUGCAGAAAAACAGCCCCAAAGCAUGAUGUUUCCACCCCCAUGCUUCACAGUAGGUAUGGUGUUCUUUGGAUGCAACUCAGCAUUCUUUGUCCUCCAAACACGACGAGUUGAGUUUUUACCAAAAAGUUCUAUUUUGGUUUCAUCUGACCAUAUGACAUUCUCCCAAUCCUCUUCUGGAUCAUCCAAAUGCACUCUAGCAAACUUCAGACGGGCCUGGACAUGUACUGGCUUAAGCAGGGGGACACGUCUUGCACUGCAGGAUUUGAGUCCCUGGCGGCGUAGUGUGUUACUGAUGGUAGGCUUUGUUACUUUGGUCCCAGCUCUCUGCAGGUCAUUCACUAGGCCCCCCUGUGUGGUUCUGGGAUUUUUGCUCACCGUUCUUGUGAUCAUUUUGACCCCACAGGGUGAGAUCUUGCGUGGAGCCCCAGAUCGAGGGAGAUUAUCAGUGGUCUUGUAUGUCUUCCAUUUCCUAAUAAUUGCUCCCACAGUUGAUUUCUUCAAAACAAGCUGCUUACCUAUUGCAGAUUCAGUCUUCCCAGCCUGGUGCAGGUCUACAAUUUUGUUUCUGGUGUCCUUUGACAGCUCUUUGGUCUUGGCCAUAGUGGAGUUUGGAGUGUGACUGUUUGAGGUUGCGGACAGGUGUCUUUUAUACUGAUAACAAGUUCAAACAGGUGCCAUUAACACAGGUAACGAGUGGAGGACAGAGGAGCCUCUUAAAGAAGAAGUUACAGGUCUGUGAGAGCCAGAAAUCUUGCUUGUUUGUAGGUGACCAAAUACUUAUUUUCCACCAUAAUUUGCAAAUAAAUUCAUUACAAAUCCUACAAUGUGAUUUUCUGGAUUUUUUUUCCUCAAUUUGUCUGUCAUAGUUGACGUGUACCUAUGAUGAAAAUUACAGGCCUCUCUCAUCUUUUUAAGUGGGAGAACUUGCACAAUUGGUGGCUGACUAAAUACUUUUUUUCCCCACUGUAUUGGCCAUAUACCACACCCCCUCAUGCCUUAUUGCUUAAGUAUACUACAGACAAGACCAUUGACCAUAUGCAUCAUGAAUGGCGUGAAUAUGCAGUAUGUGCCAUGAAACUGUAAUGAGAACUGGUAUGACAUAUUUGAAGAUUAAUGACACAGGUCUCGACAUAUUGUGAAGUGCUUACGAAAUUGUCAUGAAUGUGUCUUAAUCAAAAGUGUCUGACUGUUUUAUUAUUAACUCUCCCUUUAUAUGUCUCUGCAGCAUGGAGGAUUUCUACCCCAGUAAGAACCACGGGCCUGACUCUGGCAUCGGCAGUGACAACGGGGAUAAAAGACUGUCUGCGACAGAGGUCAGAGUUCACCCACUGUAGUCAGGCUGUACUAAGGCCUAGACUGUACUGAGGACUGUUGUUGUGCAUUCAACCAUGGCCCAGCGUCGUCCGGGUUUGGCCAGUGUAGGCCGUCAUUGUAAAUAAGAAUUUGUUCUUAACUGACUUGCCUAGUUAAAUAAAGGUAAAAUAAAAAAAUUGAUCCUGACGCUUUGCAGUUAUUCUGCAGACAUGUUCAGUAGACCUGAACUCUAUGCUUUAUGCUCACUUUAACCCUGAGCUCCCUCCUCCUCUUCCUCUUCCUCCUCCCUCUUUUCCUCUAGCCCUCUGACGAUGAUACCAUCAGCCUGCAUUCUCAGGUGUCAGAUACGGCCCGUGCCGAUGCCAUCUCUCUGCUCUCCAAGAUGGACUCAGGCAAAGGUAAGACCUGUUUAGAUGCAGUGGAUUUGACUGUUUGAAAAAACGGUGUUUGAGCAAUAAUGUGUUCAACUGGCAACAAGCACAUUAGUCUGAGUCUUAGUCUGGUAUGUUGUCCCGUAGAUCAGGUCCCCUAUGACUUCAUCGAACCCAACCCAGAGGAAGAUGCUGCCCUGUCAGAGGGGGAUAGGCAGCAGAGUGGACCCUACAUCUCAUGUAUAAAGGUACAUCACCAGGGAUCCAUAGAGAGCUGUAUGGCCACUACAUGUACACCAUAAACUACAUUAGUCUUCCACUGUCGAGCUAUCCCUGGGUGAGCUAGUGUGUGCAACUAGUGCCUGUUCUUUUCCACUGUUAGUUCCGAAGUAUGGAAGGUUUUGGUACAAGCUUGAUCAGGGCUUUAAACUAAUCUUAUCUUUCAUCGAGACAAAAGCUUGAAAGGCAUCAGGUGUGGAAUCUCAAAUGCCAUAGAUUUGGUUGGAAAAAGCCAACAGAUCAUCUCUAUAUUUUUGUUGUUGUUGUGGAAACCUGUGGAAAAAGCCACACACCUUGAAGGUCAAAUGAAAUGUGCUGUGAUUGAACUUGGACAAUGGUGUGGGGGUUUUACUUUUACAUACAGUACCGGUCAAAAGUUUGGACACACCUACUCAUUCAAGGGUUUUUCUUUAUUUGUACUAUUUUCUACAUUGUAGAAAAAUUGUGAAGACAUCAAAACUAUGAAAUAACACAUGGAAUCAUGUAGUAAACAAAAAAGUGUUAAACAAAUGAAAAUAUAUUUUACAUUUUAGAUUGUUCGAAGUAGCAACCCUUUGCCUUGAUGACAGCUUUGCACACUCUUGGCAUUUUCUCAACCAGCUUCACCUGGAAUGCUUUUCCAACAGUCUUGAAGGAGUUCCCACAUACACUUGUUGGCUGCUUUUCCUUCACUCUGCGGUCCGACUCAUCCCAAACCAUCUCAAUUGGGUUGAGGUCGGGGGAUUGUGGAGGCCAGGUCAUCUGAUGCAGCACUCCAUCACUCUCCUUCUUGGUAAAAUAGCCCUUACACAGCCUGGAGGUGUGUUGGGUCAUUGUCCUGUUGAAAAACAAAUGAUUAGUCCCACUAAGCGCAAACCAGAUGGGAUGGCGUAUCGCUGCGUAAUGCUGUGGUAACCAUGCUGGUUAAGUGUGCCUUGAAUUCUAAAUAAAUCACUGACGGUGUCACCAGCAAAACACCCCCACACCAUCACACCUCUACCUUCAUGCUUUACGGUGGGAACCACACAUACAGAGAUCAUCCGUUCACCUACUCUGCGUCUCACAAAGACACAGCGAUUGGAACCAAAAAUCUCAAAGGACAGAUUUCCACCGGUCUAAUAUCCAUUGCUCGUGGCCUGAUUCAUGCAAUCUCCUCUGAACAGUUGAUGUUGAGAUGUGUCUGUUACUUGAACUCUGUGAAGCAUUUAUUUGGGCUGCAAUCUGAGGUGCAGUUAACUCUAAUGAACUUAUCCUCUGCAGCAGAGGUAACUCUGGGUCUUCCAUUCCUGUGGCGGACCUCAUGAGAGCCAGUUUCAUCAUAGUGCUUGAUGGUUUUUGUGACUGCACUUGAAGAAACGUUCAAAGUUCUUGAAAUGUUCCGGAUUGACUGACCUUCAUGUCUUAAAGUAAUGAUGGACUGUCAUUUCUAUUUGCUUAUUUGAACAGUUCUUGCCAUAAUAUGGACUUGGUCUUUUACCAAAUAGGGCUAUCUUCUGUAUAGCAACCCUACCUUGUCACAACACAACUGAUUGCCUCAAACACAUUAAGAAGGAAAGAAAUUCCACAAAUUAACUUUUAACAAGGCACACCUGUUAAUUGAAAUGCAUUCCAGGUGACUACCUCAUGAAGCUGGUUGAGAGAAUGCCAAGAGUGUGCAAAGCUGUCAUCAAGGCAAAGGGUGGCUACUUUGAAGAGUUUCAAAUAUAAAAUAUUUGUUUAUUUGUUUAUCACUUUUUUGGUUACUACAUGAUUCCAUAUGUGUUAUUUCAUAGUUAUGAUGUCUUCACUAUUAUUGUACAAUGUAGAAAAUAGUAAAAAUAUAGAAAACCCUGGAAUGAGUAGGUGUUCUAAAACUUUUGACUGGUACUGUAUCUGUUAUAAAAAUGAUUUUAUUGAGUUAGUACAACUGACUUUUUGUUCUGUGUGUCAGGAAUUGGAGAAGGUUCUUAACAAGUCACACCAAAGCAAAGAUAAGGAGAACUGGAAAGAGGAGUCUGGGUAAGUCAUCACUACACUUGGAUAGACAGAAGGAAGGAGGAAGGGAAGAAAAUUCACCUUUUAAGUUCUAUAAGCUUGAACUGAAAUAAUAUUGAUCUAUCAGUCUCCUUAAAUAAUUAAUUAAUAGUUAAUGUACUGUAGGUGAGUUGAUAAUUAGCAGCUGUAGAUAAUACCAGUAGUGACAUAAUAUAACAACAGGCCCAGACAGUAGACAUGCUGAGAAGGCUAUGUCGUUGGAUAUCUGCCACUAUAGUAUGGCCACAUACUCAGUUAAUGCUAUUAUAGUGAGUGUGAAGUAGGUGGCAUAGGUUUUGGCUUCUAACUGAACUGUCAUGUCCCUGUUUCCUGCAGCUCUGAUAAAGAUCAGCUAGUUGAAGAGGAUGAGGAUGAGCUGAAGGAGGUGCUGGAUCUGAGGAAGAUCGCUGUCCAGCUCCUGCAGCAGGAGCAACAGAACAGGUAAGAGGCUGACCUCUGACGCCUGCCAUGGCCACUCCUCUCUGACCUCACCUCACCCUGAGCUCUGCCCUGCCCCUAGUGCCAUAAUGUAUCUCUCUUGCAUCCAGACUGAGGAGAAAUCCGCACACAAUGCAUCCCUGACCAACUCCUGAAGUGGUCAGAUCUGAACACAAUCAGACCACAAAGUGACUUUUGUGUGUCUAGACCCGUGUUUUCAAUGCAAGCUUCGUAUUCUGAUAGCAGAAGUUGCAUGUAAGUGUCAAGUGUAGACACAGCCUCUGUCCUCCACACCACUGCCCCUAGCCCAAUAUUACAUUUACAUUUAUGUCAUUUAGCAGACGCUCUUAUCCAGAGCAACUUACAAAUUGGUGCAUUCACCUUAUGAUAGCCAGUGGGACAACCACUUUACAAUUAUUUUUUUAUUUUAUUUAAUUUUUUGUGGUGGGGUAAGGGGGGGGUAGAAGGAUUACUUUAUCCUAUCCCAGGUAUUCCUUAAAGAGGUGGGGUUUUAAGUGUCUCCGGAAGGUGGUGAGUGACUCCGCUGUCCUGGCAUCGUGAGGGAGCUUGUUCCACCAUUGGGGUGCCAGAGCAGCGAACAGUUUUGACUGGGCUGAGCGGGAACUGUGCUUCCGCAGAGGUAGGGGGGCCAGCAGGCCAGAGGUGGAUGAACACAAUGCCCUCGUUUGGGUGUAGGGACUGAUCAGAGCCUGAAGGUACAGAGGUGCCGUUCCCCUCACAGCUCCGUAGGCAAGCACCAUGGUCUUGUAGCAGAUGCAAGCUUCAACUGGAAGCCAGUGGAGUGUGCGGAGGAGCGGGGUGACGUGAGAGAACUUGGGAAGGUUGAACACCAGACGGGCUGCGGCGUUCUGGAUGAGAUGUAGGGGUUUAAUGGCACAGGCAGGGAGCCUAGCCAACAGCGAGUUUCAGUAAUCCAGACGGGAGAUGACAAGUGCCUGGAUUAGGACCUGUGCCGCUUCCUGUGUAAGGCAGGGUCGUACAAUAUCUCUCUGUCUACACCACUGCUUAGUUCAGCAUCCCCACCCCACCUCACAUCUGCUCCCUCUCUCUACCCUUGACCUCUCUUCAGUGCAAGGGCAGGAAUGUCCUGGGAUGUUCUUGGAGGAGAGGGUUGGGAAGGGGAGGGACUCUUCUUUUCAGUUUCCCAGAAUGUUGGGUGGUGACGAUAAGGACUUGAUUUACACCCCUGACAGUUAUGGGUUUCUGCAUCAUUAUUGGGCUUCUAACCACAGUUAUUAUACUGAACAAAAAUAUAAACGCAACAUGUAAAGUGUUGGUCCCAUGAGGGAGCGUGCAAUUGGCAUGCUGACUGCAGUAAUGUCCACCCAAGCUGUUUCAUUUUACAUUUGCAUUUUAGUCAUUUAGCAGACGCUCUUAUCCAGAGCGACAUACAGUUAGUGAGUGCAUACAUUUUCAUACUGGCCCCCCGUGGGAAUCGAACCCACAACCCUGGUGUUGCAAGCGCCAUGCUCUACCAACUGAGCUACACGGGGCCCAGAGAACUGAAUGUUCAUUUUUCUACCAAAGUCAUUUGGCAGUACGUCCAACCGGCGUCACAACCGCAGACCAAGUGUAAUCACGUCAGCCCAGGACCUCCACAUCCGGCUUCUUCACCUGUGGGAUUGUCUGAGACCAGCUACCCGUACAUCUGAUGAAACUGUUUGCACAACUGAAGAAUUUCUGCACAAACUGUCAGAAACCAUCUCAGGGAAGCUCAUCUGCAUGCUCGUCUUCCUCACCAGGGUCUUGACCUGACUGCAGUUCGGCAUCGUAACAGACUUCAGUGGGCAAAUGCUCACCUUUAAUGGUCACUGGCACGCUGGAGAAGUGUGCUCUUCACAGAUGAAUCCCGGUUUCAACUGUACCGGGCAGAUGGCGUUGUGUGGGCGAGCGGUUUGCUGAUGUCAACGUUGUGAACAGAGUGCCCCAUGGCGGCGGUGGGGUUAUGGUAUGGUCAGUCAUAAGCUACGGACAACGAACUCAAUUGCAUUUUAUCGAUGGCAAUUUGAAUGCACAGAGAUACCGUGACGAGAUCCUGAGGCCCAUUGUCGUGCCAUUCAUCCGCCGCCAUCACCUCAUGUUUCAGCAUGACAAUGCACGGCCCCAUGUCGCAAGGAUCUGUACACAAUUCCUGGAAGCUGAAAAUGUCCCAGUUCUUCCAUGGCCUGCAUACUGACCAGACAUGUCACCCAUUGAGCAUGUUUGGGAUGCUCUGUAUCGAUGUGUACGACAGCGUGUUCCAGUUCCCUCCAAUAUCUAGCAACUUCGCACAGCCAUUGAAGAGGAGUGGGACAACAUUCCACAGGCCACAAUCAACAGCCUGAUCAACUCUAUGUGAAGGAGAUGUGUUGUGCUGCAUGAGGCAAAUGGUGGUCACUCCAGAUACUGACUGGUUUUCUGAUCCACGCCCCUACUUUUUUUUAAAGGUAUCUGGGACCAACAAAUGCAUGUUUGUAUUCCCAGUCAUGUGAAAUCCAUAGAUUAGGGCCUAAUGAAUUUAUUUCAAUUGACUGGUUUCCUUAUAUGAACUGUAACUCAGUAAAAUCUUUGAAAUUGUUGCAAGUUGCAUUUAUAUUUUUGUUCAGUGUAGCUUACUUACAAUCAAUAGUCAGCGAGAGCCAGCCAUAACUGUUGCAGACAGCAGGUGAUAUGUGAAGAGUACAUGUUAUCAUUUCUUUUGUAUUGGGUUUUUCUAUAUUCUCUGCAUUUUAUCCAUUAUAUAGGCAGAGCUUAGGUCCUUUCCAGACAUUUUACUGCUCCUUUUUCUCCUGAAGUUACUCCAUCACCACGUUCUAACUAUCUCUCUUCCCGCUCUGCAACUAACAACCCUCCCCGUCAUUGGUUCCCCUCUUCUCUUCUUCCCUCCCUGCUUCAUCCAUCUCCUGCUCCCCAACCUCCCCUCUUCCUUGGACCUGAUUGGUGCACACAUAUGAUGUGUGGCUACUAGACGACGGUCCUUAAUUUGUAGAGCAGAGAGUCUAAUUCAUCGAAGGAGGGUUGCCGGCCGAGCACACAGGUAGAGGGAGAUAUAUGUGUGACAGAGUGAGAUUUUGAAAGCUAAAGGAGGUGGAUGUAUGUAUGCAAGACUCAGGUGGUGCAUGUUAAAUUAUUUUGAAAUGUUUCUGUGCCUGAAACUACACGUUUUUGAAUGUUGUUGUGAGAUGACAUGGAUGCACACCAUUAGAGCAGUGUUCCUUAAUUCUGGUCCUGCAGACCCACAUUUUAGUUUUUGCCCUAGCACUACACAGCUGAAUCAAAUGAUCAACUCAAUCAUGAAAUCAAGUUUUGAUUAUUUGAACCAGGUGUAGUGCUAAGGCAAAAACAAAAAUGUGCACCUGUUUGGGUCCCCAGGACCAGAAUUAAGAAACACCGCAUUAGAGAUAUUGUCUGUUGGUCUCCAGGUCUUAAAUCCACCUUCCAUACCAUGGCUGUCUUAACACAUUGUGCCUGCAAAGAAAACCGAGAAAUUGUACUAAUCCUUACUUAUAAACUGGGUGGUUCGAGCCCUGAAUGCUGAUUGGCUGACAGCCGUGGUAUAUCAGACCGUAUACCACGGGUAUGACAAAAUAUUUAUUCUUACUGCUCUAAUUACGUUGGUAACCAGUUUAUAAUAGCAAUAAGGCACCUCGGGGGUUUGUGAUAUAUCGCCAAAAUACUACAGCUAAGGGCUGUGUCCAGGCACUCCGCGUUGCAUUGUGCGUAAGAACAGCCCUUAGCCGUGGUAUAUUGGCCAUAUACCACACCUCCUCUGGCCUUAUUGCUUAAUAAUGCCUCCUCCCUAUGUUUACCUGUCCAGGUUCCUCAGUCACUCUGGCAGCUCCAGCAGCAAACAGAGGUCCUCCUGCCAGGCCAUCCGCAGGUACGUACAGCACAGCUCUGCCUCAACACGACUACUGCCCCUCACAUUCUGCUCUGACAGGUGUGUACUGUAUACCGUAUCAACGAGACCAUGGUUCGGUUGCAUAAAACUAAAUGGUUUCCUGGGCACAGGUUAAGCUUAGUAAUGGAGUAAAAAGCAUGGUCCAUUCAUGCUCCGUUGAAACUGGCCCCAUGACUCAUGUUAUAGGAUAUUGUCAUAGUAUAGCUAUUACUACGAGUAACUACUAUGACAAGAGUAUGAGUAAGCACAAAUCAUAUUGUAUGAGUAUGAUGAUGAGUAAGGUGUUUAAAGUAAAAACUCUGUGUCUGUCUGGUGUUAUUUAUUGUUGGCUGCCCUCUAGUGCUGACACACAUUCUCCAGUAUACUGCAAAUACCGGUAUUGCGCACAAAUGUAAGUUUGUAUGUGUGACACAGAGUGAGUCGGUGUGUUUUCCUGUCUCACUCGCAGUGCCUCUCUGGAUGAAGGGAGCAGUGGAGCGUCAGUGCUGAGUGGGCAGGUAAUGAACUGGACUUUCUGUACCUUCUGUUUCCUACAGGAAACAAACAAUUCAUUCUUUCCAUUUGUGCGAGUAAUACUAGCAAUGAUUUCUUCCUUUUCAUUCAUUCAUCUCAUCGGCAAAAUUCAGUCAUAUUUUCAGUUCCACUUUUAAAGUGUCAAUGUGUGUGUGGUCUUUGGUUUUGGUGUCUGGGUUUCACUCAUAUUUUUCUUUCUCUCUGUCUCCGGAAAGAACCCUGACUUCACAGACGAUGACACGGCUUUCUCUGAGGUCACCCAUUCAUUCCUUUGUUUUCUCACCCUCAUCAUCAUGCAUGUGAUGAUGUGUCUGUGUGCAUCACAGGGGGUUGGUGGCACCUUAAUUGGGGCUCGUGGUAAUGCCUGGAGCGGAGUCAGUGGAAUGGUAUCAAAUACAUCAAACACAUGGUUUCCAGGUGUUUGAUGCCAUUCCAUUUGCUCCAUUCCGGCCAUUAUUAUGAGCCGUUCUCCCCUCAGCAGCCUCCACUUGUGUGCAUGUUACCUUUUUACCUUUAGUGAUGUAAGGGGAGGCUUUAGACUUCACCCCUUUAUAUUAAAGGCUUGUGCUGCUUAAGCUAAGGUUUUUUUGUUCAUUAUUGCAUUGCCAUUUGAUCAGUACAGUGUCCAGUACCUUGACCUUUCACCUUUGUCUCACUGCAGCCGUCCUCUUCCUGCUCCUUCGAUGGCAGUCUGAAGUCAGAGUCUGACACAGAGCCAAAAUGGCCAGAGGUUCCACCCGUACUCAACCAGAACGAGGAGCGCAGGAGGAACAAGUAUCUGAGGAAAGAUUAUCUAAAGGUAUGAGACCAUGACUUUCACAAUGCACUCUUACUUACUUGAAGCAUAGGCCAUUAAAAGCAGCUUUCCAUCAUACUAGGUAUCAAUCAGAUUUUAUUUAUAAAGCCCUUUUUACAUCAGCAGAUGUCACAAAGUGCUAUACAGAAACCCAGCCUAAAACCCCAAACAGCAAGCAAUGCAGAUGUAGAAGUACGGUGGCUAGGAAAAACUCCCUAGAAAGGCAGAAACCUAGGAAGAAACCUAGAGAGGAACCAGGCUCUGAGGGGUGGCCAGUCCCCUUCUGGCUGUGCCGGGUGGAGAUUAUAACAGUACAUGGCCAUUAAGGCCAGAUUUUUCUCCAAGAUGUUCAAAUGUUCAUAGAUGACCAGCAGGGUCAAAUAAUAAUCACAGUGGUUGUAGAGGUUGCAACAGGUCAGUACAUCAGGAGUAAAUGUCACUUGGCUUUUCAUAGCCGGGCAUUUAGAGGUUGAAAUAGCAGGUGCGGUAGAGCGAGAGAGAGUUGAAAACAGCUGGUCUGGGACAAGGUAGCACGUCCGGUGAACAGGUCAGGGUUCCAUAGCCGCAGGCAGAAGAGUGGAAAUGGAGUAGAAGCACGACCAGGUGGACUGGGGACAGCAAGGAGUCAUCAGGCCAGGUGGUCCUGAGGCAUGGUCCUAGGGCUCAGGUCCUCCGGGAUGGGAGGGAGAGAGAGAGAGAAUUAGAGGGAGUAUACUUAAAUUCACACAGGACACCGGAUAAGACAGGAGAAUAACACCAGAUAUAACAGACUGACCCUAGCCCCCCGGCACAUAGACUAUUGCAGCAUAGAUACUGGAGGCUGAGAUGGGGGUGGGUCGGGAGACACACUGUGGCCCCGUCCAACGAUACCCCCAGACAGGGCCAACCAGGCAGGAUAUAACCCCACCCACUUUGCCAAAGCACAGCCCCCACACCACCAGAGGGAUAUCAACAGACCACCAACCUACUACCCUGAGACAAGGCUGAGUAUAGCCCACGAAGAUCUCCUCCACUGCACGAGCCCGAGGGCGCGACAAACCGGACAGGAAGAUCACAUCAAGUGAUGCACCCCUCUUGGGACGGCAUGGAAAGCACCAGUAAGCCAGUGACUCAGCCCCCGUAAUAGGGUCAGAGGCAGAGAAUCCCAAUGGAGAGACAGGAACUGGCCAGGCAGACACAGCAAGGGCGGUUUGUCGCUCCAGUGCCUUUCCGUUCACCUUCGCACCCCUGGGCCAGACUACACUCAAAUCAUAGGACCUACUGAAGAGAUGAGUCUUCAGUAAAGAUUUAAAGGUUGAGACCGAGUCUGCGUCUCUCACAUGGAUAGGCAGACCAUUCCAUAAAAAUUGAGCUCUAUAGGAGAAAGCCCUGCCUCCAGCUGUUUGCUUAGAAAUUAUAGGGACAAUAAGGAGGCCUGCGUCUAGUGACCAUAGCGUACGUGUAGUUAUGUACGGCAGGACCACAUCGGAGAGAGAGGUCGAAGCAAGCCCAUGUAAUGCUUUGUAGGUUAGCAGUAAAACCUUGAAAUCAGCCCUAGCAUUAACAGGAAGCCAGUGUAGAGAGGCUAGCACUGGAGUAAUAUGAUCAAAUUUUUUGGUUCUAGUCAAGAUUCUAGCAGCCGUGUUUAGCACUAACUGAAGUUUAUUUAGUGCUUUAUUCAGGUAACCGGAGAGUAGAGCAUUGCAGUAGUCUAAUCUAGAAGUGACAAAAGCAUGGAUUAGCUUUUCUGCAUCAUUUUUGGACAAAAGGUUUCUGAAUUUUGCAAUGUUACGAAGAUGGAAAAAAGCUGUCCUUGAAAUAUUCUUGAUAUGUUCGUCAAAAGAGAGAUCAGGGUCCAGAGACGACUGUACAACCAUCAAGAAUAAUUGAGAUCAGGGUCCAGAGACGACUGUACAACCAUCAAGAAUAAUUGUCAGAUCCAACAGAAGAUCUCUUUGUUUCUUGGGACCUAGAACUAGCAUCUCUGUUUUGUCUGAGUUUAAAAGUAAAACAUUUGCCGCCAUCCACUUCCUUAUGUCUGAAUCACAUGCUUCCAGGGUAGGCAAUUUUGGGGCUUCACCAUGUUUCAUCGGAAUGUAGAGCUGUGUGUAGCAAUGAAAGUUAACAUUGUGUUUCCGAAUGACAUCACCAAGAGGUAAAAUAUAUAGUGAAAAUGGAACCUUGACAAACACCGAAACUUACAAUUGAUUUGUCAGAGGACAAACCAUCCACAGAGACAAACUGAUAUCUUUCCGACAGAUAAGAUCAAACCAGGCAAGAACUUGUCUGUGUAGACCAAUUAAGAUUUCCAAUCUCUCCAAAAUAAUCUGGUGAUCGAUGGUGUCAAAAGCAGCACUAAGGUCUAGGAGCACAAGGACAGAUGCAGAGCCUUGGUCUGUUUCGUAUACAUUUGUUGUCUUCAGGAAGGCAGUGAGUUGCUGCACAACAGCUUUUUCUAAAAAUGUUGAGAGGAAUGGGAGAUUCAAUAUAGGCCAAUAGUUUUUUACAUUUUCUGGGUCAAGGUUUGGCUUUUUCAAGAGAGGCUUUAUUACUGCCACUUUUAGUGAGUUUGGUACACAUCCAGUGGAUAGGGAGCCAUGUAUUAUGUUCAUCAUAGGAGGGCCAAGCACAGGAAGUAGCUCUUUCAGUAGUUUAGUUUGAAUAGGGUCCAGUAUUCAGCUUGAAGGUUUAGAGGCCAUGACUAUUUUCAUGAAUGUGUCAAGAGACAGGAUUAAAAAACUUGAGUGUCUCCAUUGAUCCUAGGUCCUGGAAGUUUUGUGCAGACUCAGGACAACUGAGCUUUGGAGAAAUACGCAGAUUUAAAGAGGAGUCCGUAAUUUGCUUUCUAUUGAUCAUGAUCUUUUCAUCGAAGAAGUUGAAUUCAUCACUGCAGAAGAGAAAGGCAUCCUCUCUUGGGGAAUGCUGCUUUUUAGUUAGCCUUGCGACAGUAUCAAAUAUACAUUUUGGAUUGUUCUUAUUCUCCUCAAUUAGGUUGGAAAAAUAGGAUGAUCGAGCAGCAGUGAGGGCUCUUCGAUAUUGCUCUGUACUUUCUUUCCAAGUAGUAGGAAGACUUCCAGUGUGGUGGAGCGCCAUUUCCGUUCCAAUUUUCUGGAGGCUUGCUUCAGGGCUCGGGUAUUUUCUGUAUACCAGGGAGCUAGUGUCUUGUGACAAAUGUUUUUUGUUUUUAGGGGUGCGACUGCAUCUAGGGUAUUACGCAAGGUUAAAUGUAGAUCCUCAGUUAGGUUGUUAACUGAUUUUUAUACUCCGACAUCCUUGAGUAAGUGGAGGGAGUCUGGAUUGGCCUCUAGGAGUCUUUGGCUUGUCCUAUAAUUUAUAGCACGGCUUUUGAUGGUCCUUGUUUGGGGUCUGAGCAGAUUAUUUGUUGCGAUUGCAAACGUAAUAAAAUGGUGGUCCGAUAGUCCAGGGUUAUGAGGAAAAACAUUUAGAUCCACAAUAUUUAUUCCACGGGACAAAACUAGAUUCAGGGUAUGACUGUGGCAAUGAGUAGGUCCGGAGACAUGUUGGACAAAACCCACUGAGGAGAUGAUGGCUCCAAAAGCCUUUUGGGGUGGGGUCUGUGGACUUUUCCAUGUGAAUAUUAAAGUCACCAAAAAGUAGAAUAUUAUCUGCCAUGACUACAAGGUCUGAUAGGAAUUCAGGAAACUCAGUGAGGAACUCUGUAUACGGCCCAGGAGGCCUGUAAACAGUAGCUAUAAAAAGUGAUUGAGUAGGCUGCAUAGAUUUCAUGACUAGAAGCUCAAAAGACAAAAACGCAGUCAUAUCUUUUUUUUUUUUGGGGGGGGGGGUAAAUUGACAUUUGCUAUCGUAAAUGUUAGCAACACCUCCAGUCAGGCCAAUCACAUCAAGAUUAUGAUCAGUGAUUAGUUCAUUGACCAUAACUGCGGUAUCUAACAUUAAGUAGCCUUAUUUUGAGAUGUGAGAUAUCACAAUCUCUUUCAAUAAUGACAGGAAUGGAGGGGGUCUUUAUUCCAGUGAGAUUGCUAAGGCAACCACCGCCAUGUUUAGUUUUGCUCAACCUAGAUCGAGGCACAGACAUGGUCUCAAUGGGGAUAGCUGAGCUGACUACACUGACUGUGCUAGUGGCAGACUCCACUAAGCUGGCAGGCUGGUUAAAAGCCUGCUGCCUGGCCUGCACCCUAUCUCAUUGUGGAGCUAGAGGAGUUAGAGCCCUGUCUAUGUUGGUAGAUAAAAUGAGAGCACCCCUCCAGCUAGGAUGGAGUCCAUUUGUGGGUGAGUCCCAGAAAGAGGGCCAAUUAUCUACAAAUUAUAUCUUUUGGGAGGGGCAGAAAACCGUUUUCAACCAGCCAUUGAGUUGUGAGACUCUGCUGUAGAGCUCAUCAUUCGCCCUAACUGGGAGGGGGCCAGAGCCAAUUACUCGAUGCCGACACAUCUUUCUAGCACAUUUACACACUGAAGCUAUGUUGCUCUGGGUGACCUCUGACUGUUUCAUCCUAACAUCGUUGGUGCCGACGUGGAUAACAAUAUCCCUAUACUCGCCAGUUUUUGCCUUUGCCAGCACCAUCUUCAGAUUAGCCUUUAUGUCGGUAGCCCUGCCCCCUGGUAAACAGUGUAUGAUCGCUGGAUGCUUAUUUUUAAGUCUAAUAUUGCGGGUAAUGGAGUCGCCAAUGACUAGGGCAGGGUUCUUCAAUUCCGGUCCUGGAGGGCCGAAACACUUCAGUUUUUUUAUUUCUACCUGGUAGUUAAUUGCACUCACCUGGUGUCCCAGGUCUGAAUUAGCCCCUGAUUAGAAGGAGAGGAUGAAAAACAGAGGUGUCUCGGCCCUCCAGGACCGGAAUUGAAGAACCCUGGACUAGGGUUUUCAAUUUGUCAGAGCUAAUGAUGGGAGGCUUCGGUGGCUCAGACCCUGUAACGGGUUGAGGAGAGACCUGAGAAGGCUCGGCCUUUGACUCCGACUCGUUGCUUAAUGGGGGUAACCGGUUGAAAGGUUUUUUUCGCUGAAUGAGCGACACCGGUUGAGUAUGCCGACCGCAUUUCUUUCCAGAAGCCUUGAGAAAAUUGUCCGGCUGCGGGGACUGUGCGAGGGGAUUUAUACUACUAUCUGUACUUACUGGUGGCACAGACGCUGUUUCAUCCUUUCCUACACUUACAUUGCCCUUGCCUAACGAUUGCGUCUGAAGCUGUGCUUGCAGCACGGCUAUCCUCACCAUGAGGCGAUAGUUCUCCUGUAUAUUAUGAGUACAGCGACUUUAAUUAGAUGGCAUAGUGUUAAUGUUACUACUUAGCUUCGGCUGGUAGAGGUCCUGUAGAACCAUGUCCAGAUAAAGCGUCCGGGGUGAAAAAGUAGAAUGAAAAAGGUCGAGCAAGUAAAAAAUAUACAAAUAACUAAGACGUUGGUAAAACGUGUUAAAUGAAGAUAGAUUAAAGGGCAAGUUUGGCAGGUAGCCAUGCAGCAACAAACAGCGUAGCACGGAAACAGGUGACGCGUUCAAAAUGGAAGUGACAAAACGAUCUGCUUGUGUGAUUUAAAAAAAUGUUCUCUGUGUGGCCCAUGUGUUUCAGACAUAAUUGUAAAUGAGAAAGUGAUGCGUUAAACUGAAAACAUCAAUAGAGAAAUCAUAACGUUGCUCGAGGGUUAUGGAGAUGAUAGUGAGACUGCCUAAAGAAGUUUAAUGUGUUUUAUUGUUGGACAUAAAAGACUGUAAAAACACCAGGAAAUCAGCUCCAAGUGGUUUUAAUUUAGGGAAUCUGUUCCAAAGCAUUUCCAAGCAUAAUAGAGAGAUAUGUGAUUGUAUACAAAUGUAAGCAAGGUUUGAAAUGAUUCUGUUUUAGUGAAAUAUUAUAUCUGUUUGGGCUUCUUGUGGUCAAUUUGUAGUCUACAAAUUAUAUGUAAUUAUGUUCCGGCUCCCUGACCAUCUGCUCAAGAAAAAAAUCUGCCUGUGGGUGAAUCUUGUUAAUGUUCCCUGUUUUAGAAGCAGCACCUAUGUCAAGAGCAAGCUCAAGUGUUUACCCCAUGCACACCUCAAUAUGGCUGGACUUGUAGUUGUGAACAUAUUAUUAACCGUUUCAUAUUACCCACUUUAUGAAAAUAACCCCUUUUCUUCCCCAGGCUGGGUUUGGGUGGGUGGGGGAUGUGUAUUUCUGUCUGUAAUAAAGCCCAGUGGGUGGGCCUAUGCCCUCCCAGGCCCACCCAUGAAAUCCAUAAAUUAGGGCUGAACUGUAACUCAGUAAAAUCUUUGAAAUGUUUGCAUGUUGAGUUUAUACUUUUGUUCAGUAUAAAUGAGAGGAUUCAGCUAGUAGCCUACACUAGGUUCUAGGCUAGACCAUGGAGUAAAGCUCUUUCUUCAUGUGUCUUCUCUUCUCAUAGUACAAGUGCCAGAGUGCCCGAAGAAACUCCAGUGGGAAUGAUGAGUGUGAGGUGUGAAUUGCUAUUCAAUCAAAUGCACAGUAAAAUCGCAUUCAUCCAAAUAAUAUUAGCACAUACUUAAGCAAAUAUCUAAAUAGUCUGAUCUAUCUUUCCCAUAAACUUGUCAUGUGUUUUGUCUGCAGGAGGUGAUGCGGAAUGCUGAUUUUAGCACCACCCUCACAGUGUUUGGUCUGAAGCCAAGAUCAUGUAAGCCUGAAUGAAUCUUUCAGGGGUUACAGUCAUUCCUUAUCGCGCUUUUAUUUAUUAAAUGGCACACAUACAAUUAACACAUUUCAAUAUCUUCAAGUUAAGGUAUUUAACCUGUUAAAUAACUGUAAAACAGAUAACAUAUGGAGCAAUGAGCUUGAACAUGGUGAGCAAGUAUGAGGCAGGGUAUAUUAUUAACGGCAUUUAUCUAGAAAGUAAUAGAGUGAUUCUGUGUAAGUAUGGACCUGUUGCAGCUUGUCCCAAGCAUGGUGAUACAUUUGUUCAUGACUUCUUCACACCCCUUGACUUUUUCCACAUUUUGUUGUGUUACAGCCUGAAUUGAUUAAAUUUAGAUUUUGUGUCACUGGCCUGUACACAAUACCCCAUAAUAUCAAAGUGGAAUUAUGUUUUAAACGUUUUUUACAAAUUAAUCAAAAAUGAAAAGUUGCGAUGUCUUUAGUCAAUAAGUAUUCAACCACUAUGUUAUGGUAAUAUCUCAUCUCUUUACCCCACACAUACAAUUAUCUGGAAGGUCCCUCAGUCGAGCAGUGAAUUUCAAACACAGAUUCAACCACAUAGACAAGGGAGGUUUUCCAAUGCCUCGCAAAGAAGGGCACCUAUUGGUAGAUGGGUAAAAAGCAGACAUUGAAUAUCCUUUUCAGCAUGAUGUUGUUAUUAAUUACACUCUACAUAUUUUCAAGCACGAUGGUGGCUACAUUAUGUUAUGGGUAUGCUUGUCAUCGGCAAGGACUAGGCAGUUUUUGGGGGAUAAAAAUAAACGGAAUAUAGCUAAGCACAGUCAAAAUCCUAGAGGAAAACCUGGUUCAGUCUGCUUUCCAACAGACACUGGGAGACAAAUUCACCUUACAGAAGGACAAGACUUCAAAAUGGCUGUUUAGCAAUGAUCAACAACCAACUUGACAGAGCUUGAUGAAUUUAAAAAAUAAUAAUGUGCAAAUAUUGUACAAUCCAGGUGUGCCAAGCUCUUAGAGACUUAACCAGAAAGACUCACAGCUGUAAUCGCUGCCAAAGGUGAUUGUAACAUGAAUUGACUCAGGGGUGUGAAUACUUAUGGAAAUGAUACAUUUCUGUAUUUUAUUUUCAAUACAUUUUCAAAAAUUUCUAAAAACAUGUUUUCACUUUGUCAUUAUGGGGUAUUGUGUGUAGAUGGGUGAGAAAAAAUAAAUUGAAUCAAUUUUGAAUUCAGGCUGUAACACAACAAAAUGUGGAAUGAGUCAAGGGGUAUGAAUACUUUCUGAAGGCACUCUACAAUGUCAACUGUGUGUCAAGCAUGUGCCUCAGUGCAAGAGGAUGAGAAGACAAACUAUUAAUGGGGGUCAUAGAUAUCCAACAAACAGGAAAAUGGUGUCCCUGUCAGAGUUGCGCUCUGUCCUGCACUCCCGGUCAAUCACUGGACCUUUGACCUUAGUUCCAGAUUAUUUUGUCUCUGUUGCCAUGCUAACAAUGAUGUGUGAGACGACCUUAUCAACUUUCCUUCCAAGGAAAAUGGUGGAGGAGUUCAGUGGAAUUUCCAUGGUAUUUCACUAUUAAUAAAUGGUUUACAAAAACCAAGCGAUGUGGUGUUGAACCCACAGAAAGGACACUAAGGAGAUUUCCUUAGGAGUGGCUAUAGUCUCAUUAUUGCAUAAUGCUAUACAUUGAGUAUACAAAACAUUAAGAAAACCUUCCUAAUAUUGAGUUGCACCACCUUUUGCCCUCAGAACAGCCUCAAUUCGUCGGGGCAUGGACUCUAUCUACAAGGUGUUGGAAAGCGUUGCACAGGGAUGCUGGCCCAUAUUGACUCCAAUGCUUCCCACAGUUGUGUCAAGUUGGCUGGAUGUCCUUUGGGUAGUGGACCGUUCUUGAUACAGACAGGAAACUGUUGAGUGUGAAAAACCCAGCAGUGUUGAAGUUCUUGACACAAACCAGUGCGCCUGGCACCUACUACCAUACUCCGUUCAAAGGCACUUAAAUCUUUUGUCUUGCCCAUUCACCCGCUGAAUGGUACACAUACACAAUCCAUGUCUCAAUUGUCUCAAGGCUUAAAAAUCAUUAUUUAACCUGUCUCCUCCCCUUCAUCUACACUAAUUUUAAAAUGGAUUUAACAAGUGACAUCAAUAAGGGAUCAUAGCUUUCACCUGGAUUCACCUGGUCAGUCUGUCAUGGAAAGAGCAGGUGUUUGUAAUGUUUGGUAUAGUCAGUGUAUAAUAUAUAGUAUUUAUUAACAAUUCUGAAAACUGAAAUACACAUUCCACUGACCUAGAGGUAACCCUGGUCUGGACUAGGUCUUGCACAAUUACUGUAUAACCGGUUAACCGACAGUUAUGGAUGAAAACCAUCAUGAAAAUAAAAGAACUAUCAUAACCGUUUUUUAAAAACAAGCAAAAUGUUGUAGCAAACAAGUCUUCGCUUGCUUAGGCCAGGGUUUCCCAUACUCUGUCGAAAUUCCAUGACUGUCACAGCCCUAGUCUGAACAUUCCAAAGUUACAAUUAUUGUUGGAAGGAAGCCUGGGAGUAAGGUCAGUAAAAAGUCUAGAAUCUGAUCUCAUCUCUGCAGGGCCUGAUGGUAUUCCCAGAGGUCCAUUGUUUGAAAGUUCCCAAAUGUGUAAUUUCAGUGAUUUCUAUAUGUUUCCUAUAUGUUGUUGUAGCGUUCUGUCGAAGCAGCCGUCAAGAGUCGUCAGACCCCAGUUUCACUAUGAGGAGGAAGAUGGAACACCUGAGAGAGGAGAUGGAGCAGAUUGGCGUCCUACGGCAGGUCAGGACACUCCGAAAACACCAGAUGACAAACAAUGAC